CAACUUGUUUUCCGAUUUCCGCCAUUUUGUCCAAUGGUGAUUAAUUUUCGUAAAACGCCUUAGUAUCGUCUCUGUGUUUUAACGAGAUUUUAACUAGCACUGAAAUUAAUACCGAACUUUAAAAGUUAUUAUUAGAAUCCCAAAAUAACAACAAGCUAUGUCGGACCGAAAAAGACUAUUAGAGGAGCUAAGGGUGAUAGACUUACGCGUAGAAUUGGAAAAGCGUAACCUGGAUAAGACCGGUAUACGUAGUGUGCUUAUUCAACGGCUAAGUAAGUAUUUGGAGGAGGAGGGACAUGAUCCAGCCACAUUCAAAUUCGAGUUAUCUACGUCAGAUGGUAAGACGCCAGUAAAGAAAAAUAGACGCACUGAGAGUGCUAAAGAGCCAGAUUCUGAAGAGACUCCUGUUAUGGAGGAUAUGAUUGUACAAGAUACAGCCGGCGACGAAGACGACAUCGAACAAACACCUGAAAGUAGCCAAAAUACUAAAAUUGUGGAGAAAAAGGAGAAAUCCGAAGAAAAAAUGGAUGUUGAUGACACUAGCAAAAUUAAUAGAAAAAGGGAAAUGAAAGAUGACCCUGAAGCGACGCAAGCAAAGAAAGCCUGUAUGGACAAGGAAAUUAAAACCGAAGACGAUCAUAAAAUUGAAAAUAACACAGAUGCUGAAGACAGUAUAAAUCUAGAUAUUGGCGAUGAUGAAUUAUUAAAUGAAGAGACUGACAAUCCAGCAAAAAUCAAAAAAGAUGAACCGGCGCAUGAGGACGAGGUGGGGGCGACGGGCGACGAGUCGACUGCGAACAGCUCCGCCGCCGCCGCCGACACCGCGCCUGCUGAAAAUCAACAACAAGUAAACACAGAAGCCCCGGCCACUAGUAAUGACAAUGAAAGGAGUGACAAGGAAUCAAAAGAAGACAAAGUCAAAGACAAUGAGAGUGAGAAAAGCAACAAGAAGGAUGAUAACAAGGAAGGGGGCGCCCGCAACCUGUGGGUCAGCGGACUAUCUGGUGACACACGCGCUAAGGACUUGAAGCAGCUAUGCAGUAAACAUGGCAAGGUGAUUGGAGCGAAAGUAGUAACAAACGCACGCACGCCGGGUUCAAGAUGUUACGGUUAUGUUACAAUGGCCAGUGCCCAAGAUGCAGAAAAUUGCAUUAAAAAUCUCCAUAGAACUGAACUGCAUGGACGUAUGAUAUCAGUGGAGAAAGCAAAGUCUGAAUCUGAGUCAGCGUCGCGCAGGCAGACCGCCUCACGCACUGAGCGCAGACCAAGCAAGGACCGUAAAGAAGAUAUUAAAGAGAAGGAGGAGAUUAAAGAACCUGAGAAAACUAGUGAUACAAAACCUACGAAAGAGGGUGAUGUGUCUGGUGCAGAGAGUAAUAGGUCUACAUCUCGUACUAGAGAGAAGUCGCACAGGUCUGACAAGGAUCGUACCCGACGCAGUACGCGAAGCAGGGAGCGUAGACGGUCACCACGAGAAGUGCUAUCGUUUUCUAAGAUUUGGAAAGAGCGCGAUGUAGCAAGAGCGCGGGAGAGGUCGCGCGCCGCACGUGAAGAAGAGCGCAGAAGACGCGCCGCAGAGGAUGCGCUAAGGGAGAGAGAGAGACGACAACGUCAAGAGAAGCACCGCCUUGCUAUUGAGAGGGAAAAGCUGCGCGCCGAAAGAGAGAAGAUUGAACGAGAAAAGAAUGAACUUUUGCGUUUAGAGCGAGAGAGACAUAGAUUAGAACGGGAGAAGUUAGAACUGGAAAGAUUGGAGUUGAAGAGAGCACAAUUAAGGUUAGAAGAGGAGCGUCGUAAGCGCGGCUACGAGGGCAGUGCGGCAUACCGCAAGCCGGCCGCCAGUCCGCCGCCAGAGCCCGCAUACGACCGCGAGCGUGAUCAACGGCACAAGCGACCCCCACCACCCCCCAUGAACAACAUCCCUCGCUCCAAUAAACCUAAGCAUUUCGAGGCGCCACCACCCCCGCGCUUUGAGCUUGCACCGGCGUACGAGCGUGGUGCGGACAAACGAGACCGCGACCGUGAUUACAAGCGUGACUACCCCCGGCAUGUCUCAUCCAGUAAUAUGAAGUACCCGAGUAAUGGCAGCACUAGUGAUGAUACAAGGCAGCCGAUGCCACCCGGUACCAGACCCAAAGAGCCAAACCGGUCGUACGAGUCGCGAGACAGCCGGUCGUACCGACCGUCGCCGCCCGGCAAACCCGAGCCGCGGAACUGGAGCGCUUCCAGCCGCUACCCAGAUACCGCACCACCCGCUAAAGGCAGUAGCAGCGGUGGAUCGAGCGAGCAAUGGUCUAGCGAGGCGAGGUACGGGGGAGCUUACGAAGCACGUUACCCCGCCAGUUACCAGCCGCCGCCGCCCGGAGCCACAUACCCUGACCGGUACGCGCCCGCAGCUCGAGACUUCGCCCGCAAAUACUAGCAUCACGCACUCACCCAACAUACAGGUCACACAUCAUUGUAAAAGUGAUGGAGUUUGGAGACAGAGAUGCAUGGAGAAGAACUAUGAGAAUGCCGGGACCUGUAAACUAUUAUUAGUUUAAAUAUUCCAUUUUAUUUUAACCUUUUUAUUCAUAUAUUAUGACAAAAAUACUUUUUUUCCAAAAA